UUUUGAAAUGUCUUCUCUGAAUCCUAUAAUGGAGUCACCAUCCGGGUACUUUCAGCGCUUACCUAUAGAGUAAUACAAAGCUUGUUGUAUUUAGUGCCUGUGGCAUAUUAGUAUUGUACGAUUUUGUUAUUUAGAUUUAUUUAUUUUUUAACACUGAGCAUGGCUGUAGAUUUACUCGGAUAUGUCUUCGCUGCACUAAUUGCAACAGGAGGCAUUAUUGGGUUCCUAAAAGCAGGUAGUGUCAUGUCACUGAUAGGUGGACUGGUCUUUGGGGUUUUGUCAGCGAUCGGCUCUUUCCAGGUGUCUAAGAAUCCGAAAAACAUCUGGUUUUCAUUCGUGACAUAUGGAACGCUGGCAGUUCUGAUGGCAGUGAGAUUUCUGAGCUCAUGGAAAAUAAUGCCAACUGGGUUGAUAACAGGAGCAAGUUUAUUCAUGGUUUUGAGAUUAGUACUGGGGUUCCUGUGGCCGCGCAACAAAAACUCGUGAACAAGUAAGAAGAGAGAGAGAAAGAAAACAAAACAAUUGUGGAUCGACAAACAGCUGGUUUCUCUCUCCCCCAUGUUUGAUAUUGUGAUAUUGGUUUUUAAAUAUUUUAAAAAGAAUUAUGUAAAUGAUUAGGCACAGUUGUUGAAUUAAACAAUUUUAUAUUGAAACUUUAUAUAUAUGAAUACUUUACACAGUCAAUAAAAGUAUCAUUGAAAACA